AAUGUCCAAAACAUUAUUAGCUUUAGGCACAAUUGCACUCCUUGGAACACUUAUGAUGGUGAAUCAACCAGAUUAACUUGACUUCGCCUCAAAAUAUCAAACAUUCAAAUAAAAAUACGGAAAGAGAUAUUCAUAAACUGAAGAUGCUUAUAGAAUGGCAGUCUAUACAUAAAAUGUCUUAUAUGCUGAAUCAGUCAACUUGUAAGAAGGAAAAAGAGUUUUUGGUGAAACUAUCUUCUUUGAUUUAACAAAAGAAGAAUUUGCUGAAACUUAUUUGACUCUCAAAAUCACAGAAGAAGAUUUGAAUCUUGAAAGAGUUCCUGCCAAGAAUAUUCAAGCUGCUGAUAAAAUUGAUUGGACUAAAAAUGGAGCAGUCACUGAUGUUAAAGACUAAGGAUAAUGUGGUUCAUGCUGGACAUUCGGUACAACAGGAGUUUUGGAAGGUUUCUUCUUUACAACUACUGGUGAAUUACCAAAUUUAUCUGAAUAAUAAUUGUUGGAUUGCUCAACUUUCUAAGAUUUCAAUCUUGGUUGCAAUGGUGGUCUCCCAUACAGAGCAUUAUAAUAUGUUAAGAGAAGUGGUAUUACAACUUAAGCUGCUUAUCCAUAUGUAUUAUUUUAAUAUUAAUAUUUAGACUGCUGUUUAAGGAUCAUGCAGAAUUAAGGGAGGUGCUUAUCACAUUAAAGGAGCUGUCUAAUUAGAAGCCACAGAAGAAGCUUUGAUCUCAUAUCUUAAUGAAGGACCAGUUUCAGUUGGAGUCGAUGCUAGCAACUGGUAAUACUAUAAUCCAGAUACUGAAAAAAUUUUCAGCAAUUGCUAAGAGAGCUUAAAUCAUGCAGUUUUGGCUGUUGGUUAUGACAAAGAUUCAAUUAAAAUCAAGAACUCUUGGAGUACUGCAUGGGGAGAUAAGGGAUAUAUUCAUUUAGCUAGAGGAAAAAACACUUGUGGUGUUUAUAAUACUAAUGUUGUUGUUGUUUGAA